GGAUUUUUUAGUCUUUGCAUAUGUCAAUGUCAAUAAAUAUACUAAUGUCAGUAUGACUUUUGAUUGAAGGGAUUUGUACGCAAAAGCACGGUCGAGUUUCGAUCGAAUAUUAUAUUUUCAACCACUAAGAUUACACAGUUUUGAAAAAUAUGGCUUUUAGAACCACCGCUGUUGCACUGAGCAGCAUGAAGAAAUGGGCCUACAACAUGGCUGGAUUCAACAAAUACGGUCUCCUCCGUGAUGACUGUCUUCAUGAGACCGAGGAUGUGACUGAGGCUUUGCGUCGCCUGCCACAGCAUGUUGUUGAUGAACGCAACUUCCGCAUUGUACGAGCUCUGCAACUGUCCCUCACCAAGACCAUCCUCCCCAAAGAAGAGUGGACCAAAUGGGAGGAGGACCAGCUCUACCUCACACCUAUUGUAGACCAAGUCAAGAAGGAGAGACAAGAGAAAGAAAACUGGGAGAAGAACUAUUAAAUAGCAAUUGUUGUAAUGUUUGGUGUAUUAUUAUUUAAAUAAAUUUAGUAUCGUUCAAAUUGUAAAUAUUUUUUCCCUAUUUUUUUAAUUUAU